ACUACCCUUAACCGUCGCAAUCUUAUUAUUAUUUUAUUUUUUUUUGCCUGGCACUUGGGCGCACUUUUCCGCGGCGUCGCGGAGAAAACGAAACUGACACACCCACCUGCUUCGCAGUUCUCGCGAGAUCACGCGAGACUUGGGAAGUUCGCAACGCGAGGAGGGCGAACUCCAUUGUAAUUUGCGAUGCUUUGCACGGUUUGCAUUUAAGGAAAGGCCCGAUACUGCCUCCAAAACUGCCUCGGCACUGUAGCUAGAGAUGGGCGAGGCAUCUCUGGGUGCCAAGGCGCCCGACCUGGUCUCCGACAGCACUGCAUCCAGCUCCAGGGGACCACCUCCCGCAGAAGUCGUAUGGCCGCCCCACGCAUAUGCAGACGUCGGCAUGGCUGUGGACUAUGCAAGUGGUGUUCCUGUGUCCCUACACCAGCCACAACAUCAUUAUGAGCGGCAGGAAUUUGUCACCACCGACAGGGAGUCGGCACUGGUUGUUUACCACGAAGAGGCAUACAGUCAGCAGCAGCCGUCAAAUGGCAUGGAAACCUUCAUACAGGUCCCGUUUGGAGGUCUUCCCCGGCUCGCAGUGGCUACCUUCAGAGAGUCUCCCGUUCCUGUGUCAGACUCGCAUCAGCAGGCUCAGCACUACGAACAAGAAAUUGAGCAGAGGGCUGCGGAUGAAAUGGUAGCAAUGUCUCAAGUGUUGGACCUGCACCGAUCGGUGGCCCCAAGCACCUCUCGCGACUCGGUAGUGGACAUUCCCGUGUCGCUCCACUCGCACCACGCCCACCACCUGGCACGGCCCUCAUCGUCGUCCUCGUCCUCGCCUCCACCACAGAGCCCUGCCCUGCUGGUGCUGCCAGGCUCGGCCGAGGAGUCCGUGGGAGCCUUGAGGCUGGAAUCUCAGCUGACAGUUGGCCCCGAGAGUGCAGCUACCUUAGGUCUGCCCAUGCUGUUGGACAAGGCCAGCCUCGCAUUGUGCUCGAGCAGUGCCUCCUCCUCUGCGCUUUCUUCCCUCGGGCCAUCGACUUCGUCAGGCAGUCGAGGUGCCAUAGGCCUGGCUACCCACCUCUCGCAGCGGUACCUCCUAGAGCAGGCGCAAUACCUGGUGGCCGACUUGGCAUCCAAGGAGCUCCUUCCCUCAAUUCUUCAGAGCUCCUGCUCCUCCGGCGCCUCCACGUCGACGGGAGUGCCCUCCGCUGGUUCUUCCGCAGCUUCGUCAUCAGUUCACGGUCUCAACUUCUCACUGGCUGCUGCAAAGGCUCUUUUGGCCACACAGCAGCAGCAGCAGCCACAACAGCACAAGUUUGGCAGUGGAAGCAGCACGCUGCAACACGCCGGCCCCUCUUCAGUAGCGAGCGGCUCGGUGGCGGCCAUGGUUGCGAGUCCCGAGCACUUGGAGGCCGAGCCUUUAGAUGCCGGGGACGAGGAAGGAGUGCUGGACUCCUCGUCUUCCGCUGGACCCGGAGCUCUGCUCGAGGUGCAUCCUGCCGGUGCGGUGCCACUGUACGGGAACGUUUUUGUCACGGAGCGAGGCGAGGUGGGUCUCGUCAGCAGCACGGGGCAGGACUCUGAGGACCUGCUGGAGGACGUUCAGCAGUACCAUGCAGCUAACCAAGUGUGCCACCAGAAUAGUGCGAUUCAGAACUAUGUGUCGUCUAGUGCUGACCUCGUGGCCACUUCUGAAGGGGUGGAGCCUGGCAUUCAUUCCACUGUGGACUCCACCGACAGCUCGGAGCAUGUCAUCAACACUUCGGAAGCGUAUGUGGACACAUCAAGUCAGCACCACCAUCAUCAUCAUCAUUUACAAGAUGACAAUCAUGGUGCAGACUACGGGCAGCAGCUUGAUCUCAGUUCAACGGUCGAAGCCUCCACAAGUUCGAGGGGCGUCCAGCACUCGGUGCUACGAAUGCAAGGGAUCCUCGGUCGAAGACUCCCCGAUCUUGCAGGCUCCCCGUCUUCGUCUCAUAAUAUGGCGAGAGCAGAAGUGUGCAGUGCUGGAGUCUCCCAAGAGGAGCUGGAAGAACUUCAAAAUGCAUCGACCGUGACCAGUGGCCUACAUCCCGACUCGACCAAUAGCCCUGUCGUAGAGAUGGCUCCAUCUCCGGUCAACGCAGUUGCCUUGGACAGCCCAGGGCCCUCACACUCUCCUGGUCCUUCCGGAGGAUCUGCAAGCAGCAGGGCUGAUGCAGACAGGGAUUGCAUGUCUCGAUACUCCAUUGACGGUGUUGCCGAAGUUUGGAGCGAGCUGUCGAAAUUUCCGGAAGCUGUUGACGGAUCAACGGUCGAUCAGUUUGUGAGUGCAGAUGAUGAUGUCGCAACCACGGGUGAGAUUGAAAACGAAGACUACAUUGCCGACAUUGUACCGAGCACAAGUGAAAGCGGGCACAAUGACCAAAGCAACGACGAUCCUUUGCCCACAUCCUCAGAGUUUUACGAACGUGAGUGCCCACGCCACAGGGUGCAGCUAAUUGUGGACAAGCCCGUUUUGACAAGAGCAUGGGCAAGUCUUCCUGCCAGCUACCUCUACGUCCAUAAAGUGGCUGAGGACUCCGACGGGGAACCAAUUUAUGGCGUCUUUGCCAAGAAGAACAUUCCCAAAAGGACACAGUUUGGGCCAAUGGAGGGCGUCCUGCAAAGGAGUACCGACAGACCUCAGCCAUUCCCACUUUAUGUUAAAAAAGAUGAGAGUGGUACUGUAUUCUGCCUGGACACGUCAGACGAGACGCAGAGCAACUGGAUGCGCUUUGUGCGUCCAGCCCAGACUCCUCUCGAGCAGAACAUAAUUGUCAUCCAGCAGGGCCAAAGCUUGUACUUCAACACGACGCGGGCUCUGGCAACACGCACAGAGCUGCGUGUGUGGUAUUCAUCGGCUUAUGCACAGCGCUGGUGUCUGCCUCUGCUUCAUCAGCAGCAGCAAGAGCCACUACAGCUGGAGCACCGCAGUCAUCAGUCUCAUUCUAAUCAGCAAGAGGUGAUCGAGCAGCACCAUCAGCAACACAGCACCAACAGCAGCAGCAACAGCAACAAGUGGAUCAGCUUCAGCAACAACAGAUUCACCAGCCAAUCCAGCAACACCUGCAGCAACAUCAGCAGCAGCAGCAGCAGUACCAGGAAGUGCACCUGCAACACCCACAGCAGCAGCCUCCUCAGCCACAACAGCGACUCCAGCAGCAACUUUCGCUGCAAGAGCCUGCCAGGCACUGGCAUCAAGGAUGAGGUUUGGGCAUGUUUUGAAUGCAGUAGUGCAUUCAGCUCGUCGGAGCAGCUGCAGUUGCAUUUGAACCAGCAUGAAAAAGUUCCUGGCGACAGCGGUGAGAACGCACCGGCCACCACACCUGUGCAGCCGUCGCCUGUGUCUACGACGCUGGCAGACCCUGUCAAUGUGGAAGCCAGUUCACUGGCAUUGAGGGCGCGAGGACGACCACCUAAGAAGCAGCAUGCUGCAAGAGCACCUCUAGAGGAAAUGCACAGUCUAGGCAAUGCAAGUGUUCCCACUGAUCAGAGCAGUGGAACUACAAACGCAACAAAUCCUGUCGAAGAGAUUGCCAAGCCUUCAUCAGGCGACGAAAACAAGUGCAAUGUGUGCCACAAGGUGUUCCAGAGGAAGUAUGGCCUCAAGCGUCACCUCAUGAUGCACUCUACCGAGAAGAAGUACAAGUGUUCACUGUGCGACCUACGUUUCUCUCAUCCCUACAACAGAAAAAGGCACAUCCUUCGACACCAGCAGAAAGAUGAGCGACUCAAGCAGCGGCGACAGCAGCAGCAGGCACAUCAAGCUCAGCAGCAACAACAGCAACAACAAAAUCAGCCACAGCAGCAGCCUUUGGGGUCACUGCUAAGUGAAGGCAUUCGAAAGUCAGCCCGACGCAGCGGGUCCCAAUCAGAGACCUACACGUGGGCCUGUCCACACUGCCAUUAUAUGUUUCCCAGCUCUGAGCUGUUAAACCUGCAUUUGCCUCUGCACGCCGUUGUGACACCCACGGAGCCAACGUCUGACUAUCAGCUUGAACAGUGCCCCGAGUGUGGUGUAGAUUUUGCAACACGAGGAGCGCUGAUGAGGCACGUUGGAGUUCACGGCAAACGCGGCCCCCCGAAACGCAACAAGCAGUCGUCGGAUGCGGCUACGACGGCCGGUGAAGGAGAAAAUGAAACAGCCUCUGCGGGUACUCCUGCGCCACAGCGCAUCCACAAGUGCAGCCUCUGCUACAAAGGAUUUGCUACUGAAGACCGCCUGUCCAAGCAUUACCAGGUGCACGGGAACGAGGAGGCCAAACCACUGAAGUGUGAUUUGUGUGACAAACGCUUUCUGAACACCUCGGCUCGGACGGAACACCUCAAAACGCACAAAAAGGAGCGAUAUUUUGAGUGCCCAAUCUGCAAAGAGAAGUUCCACGUCGUCGCUGCCCUGAAAGAUCACGUCUACGUUCAUCGUGAGGACGGCGUGUACACUUGUCCAACCUGUGGAAAAAAAUUUCCAGAGUACAACCAAGUGCGCAAGCACAUACGGGCUUUCCACACAAACCAGCGCUUCUUGUGCGAGCUGUGUCCCAAGGUGUUUCCCCGGCAGGACAAGCUAAAGCUUCACAUGCUGUGCCACUCGGAGCACCGCGAGUUCCUCUGUGCCCUCUGCGGUCGGCAGUUCAAGCGCAAGGACAAGCUCAAGGAACACACACGCCGCCUGCAUGCGCCAGACCGCGAGGCCCGAGAGCAGGCACGCGCUAAGGUCGCGCGCCCACUUUCGUCGAAGCGGUUUGUGCCCAAGGUUCCACCGACCGACUAUCAGAGGUUCAUCUACAAGUGCCACACAUGCAUGCUGGGCUUCAAGCGUCGUGGCAUGCUGGUGAACCACAUGGCUAAACGGCAUCCCAACGUUCAGCUGGAGUUGGUGCCAGAGCUGAAUCUCCCCAUUCUCCGGGCUACGCGCGACUACUACUGCCAGUACUGCGAGAAGGUUUAUCGGUCGUCUUCCAAGCGCAAGGCCCACAUCCUCAAGAACCACCCGGGCGCUGCAUUGCCAAUGAGCAACCGUGUCAAGGGAGGCGUACCCAGUAUACCUGGCCAGCCAAACCCGACUUUCUCGCACAUGGUGGGCAGCGUGACGACGCAGCCCCACAGCUGCUGCCUGUGCCACAAGCAGUAUGCCAGCAAGGCCAAGUUGCUCCAGCACCAGCGCAAGAAGCACAUGGAAAUGGUGGCUCUGUUUGGCAGCAACAACAACCAGGCAGUCAAUGGCAACAACAGAGGGCGGGAGGCUGACCUCUUGACACGGGCCAUGUCCGAACUCACCCAAGGUCUGACAGACUUCCGCCAGAACAGUGGUUCCACUACAUUCCUGACUGCCCGGCCUUUGCAAGAGGUGGAGAGCCAAGGUGAGGGCAUGGACGACAGCCAGCAAGAGCAGCAGGUCAUCACCGAAACACUCGACGCAACAGUGGAGACAACCGAGGUGACUGCCUCAACACUGGACCCAGCACAGUUGAACCUGUUACUGGCCCAGUAUCAGCAGCAGGCUGCACUCAGCGCAACGGGCGAAGGCGACACUGACGUGCCUGUAGUUUCAGUCGCCGACGUGGUGGUCGCCCCCAAUGCUCAAGCUGGUUGGACGAUUGUGUCCGUUUCGGCACCAGGCGAAGAAGCCUUUGAGCAAGAGCUCGUUUCCACGUAGGAUUCAGUCC